AUGUGUGGCCCAUUCAAGGGUUGUCAGGGCAUUUUACGCCUCCUGGAAAUAAUCUUAAGUGCUUUAUCUCUCAUCAUCGUGAUCUUCAGAGGCAGGAUGGUGAGUCCGUGGGGUGUGUGGUGUGAGUUCGUCUGGGUUUUCUGCAUCGUUGUGCCCCUGGUGCUGAGCGUGGUGGAGGCCAAAAUGUGGCACAUCCUCCUGGCUGCCUUCCUCCCCAACUGGGCUGACCUGACCUGUGGGCUGACCAUCCUGUGCACUGUGAUGAUCAGCUCUGCCACACUGAUCUUUGCAGUGGUUUUUGUCUGCCUCUCCUGCAUCGACAGUAUCCUGUGUUUCAUUGUCUCCCUGGCUGCCACUGUUGUCUUCCUGAUUGAUGCUGUGAAGCAAAAAAAGAUGUCUCCAAGCGGCUACCUAUCCAGCCCGAGAGGAGUUCUCCGCACAGCAGAGGCUUUCAUAGCUUGUAUCAUCCUCACUGCUGCCACUGACCACUUUGUGAAUGGGGAAUGGUCCUAUCGUCCUUUUGGGAUGAUAUGCAGCAUCAUUGUGUUCGCUCUUUGCCUCCUGGUCACCGUGGUCAUCAUCGUUCUCCAUCUGCUCAAGCUGCUGCAAUGUCUCCUCUCAUUCGGGUUCAGUAUGAUGGAGUUUGUGUUCAACAUUGUGGCUGUGCUGUUGUACCUCCUCGCUGUCAUUCUUUGGCCUGUCUUUGGUUACAAACGCCACAUGUACAAUCCUUACACCUGUGAGAAGUGCUCCUACGCAGACCUUAACACUGUUUCCAUUGGAGCCAUUGUCAACCUUGUCCUUUACAUUGUAGACAUAGUUUUAUCCUUCAAAGCUCGGUAG